UCAAUAUUUUGAGUGGAGAGUGACUUUUGAACAUUGAAUGCAGAGAAAUUCGGAAUAAGUUUAUGCUAAAAUGAUAUGCUUGAGUACCUAUAUAAAUCCGCACGGAACCCUUUCAAUUUUCAUUCCACCUGCUAAGAGAAAAACCAAACGCAAUUGUGAUUAAUAACAAUCACAAUAAUUUAUUUAAAUCCCAAAUUACCCUUCUCUCAAAAUGGCCGUGGAGAGCUUGAUCUCACUCGUGACAUUCAUUUCCACAAUACUCCUCCUGAAGAAUGACCAGAAUGCCCUCAUCACCACCACCUGCAAGAACACCCCCAACUACCCCCUCUGCGUCUCCACCCUACAGUCCGACCCCCGGAGCUCCGCCGCCGGCGCCGACGUCGAGACCCUCUGCCACGUCAUGGUCUCCGCCGUCCGGUCGAGGGCCGACGAGGUGACACGUGUCACGAUCCCGGAGCUCAGGGUCGCUCAGCCCCGCUGGGGAGGCCCGCUCAGCCAGUGCUACUUCUUCUACGACGCCGUUCUGAGGGCAGACGUGCCGCAGGCGGAGGCCGCCCUCAAGAGUGGCGUCCCGAAGUUUGCGGCGGCCGGGAUGUCUGACGCCGCCAAGGAGGCGGAGAACUGCGAGGCUGCGCUGAGGGACGGUGGAAUUACGGAUUCGCCCCUGCGGGGUAUCAAUCAGAAUGUCGUGGAACUAUCUGUCGUGGCCAAUUCGAUCAUCAAGACCUUGUUAUGAGCUCAGCCUUUUUUUUAGUGUCAUAUCACAUUUACGUAAUUUCUAAAUACAUACUCCGUACUACCUUCUUCCUAUUUUAACAUUUGACUUUUCUUAAUCAAAAUUUAUAAACUUUGACUACGAUU